UGCCACCCCAGGGGAGCGCGGAUGCCCUCUAAGGGAGAGUUGUUUGGAGGGAGGGAGAUUUGCAUGUGGCUUCUCUUGGCUCCCUUUAGGAUUCUAUAGAUUUGCCGGUCCUCUUCCCUGCCUCCACCUGUGCCUCCCGCCUAUGGUGUGCCUGUCACACCCCAUCAGCUCCCUGGGAGGUUAUGAUCCGUUGUCAGGGCCACCCUAAAGGGGCAGGAGCCUUGCCUGAUAUUUCUCUGUGUCCUCGGCCUCACCCACGCGGCAUGGUGCUGGGGAGGCCUCGGAGACUCCUACUGAACAAAAGGAAUGAGGGUGCCUGUAUCACCUCCCCAGGGCUCCUUAACUUGCGGUUACACCUGGGCACUCCUUGGGGCAGGGGCUUCGUCUGGUCCAUAGGACUAUCCUCCAUAGGACAGUCGGGGUUCGCCCAGCUUCCUCCACGGGUGCGCUCUGGACCUGAUGGGUCUCGUCCGUCCUUGUGCCCGUGGCUUCAUUCGCUGAACGCAGGAGACCUCAGAAGACACGCGCUGAGUGAAGGAAACUCAGCUUCCGCGGAGCCCGGAGCGUCCCCUCUUAGAUCACCCCGACUACUGGUUCUCGCGUCCCGGAGCUCCUUGGUGUCUGAUCUGCACUGUCUGAUCUGCACAGGCUUCGGGAGGCGGACACUGAGCAGAAACAACGCCACGCCCGGCUCCGAGUGUCCCACGCUGCCACCACUAAAAUGCCCUGAUUUUUGGCCAUAUGUGACCUCCCUGGGUGGCACGGGCCCUAGGCACCCGUGGCUGUGCGCCUGGCUACCACCAGCUCAGGCCUCUGAGCCCCUGCACGGAAACCAUGGCCAGGGUAACCCCGGCCGGGCCGGUUCGCGCCCAGCCCGGUUCAGGUGACCAGGCGGGAGCUUGGCACACCUGGCGCCGUCCCCUGACCCCGCCCCGGACCGGGCCGCACCCCGGAACGCUCUCUCUGGGAGCCAGCGGCGGCGGUGCAGGGCCAUGGCGGCGGCGCCCGCGGUGUGCGCCUCGCAGGGGACCCCGCCGGGUGCACCGUCCGCGCCGGCGGCCGCGCCAGCACCCGCGGCCGGCCUGGGCCGCUGCCGGAUGGCGCUGCUGCUGGCCGUGGCGCUGGAUGUGGCGGGCAUGGCGGCGCUGCUGACUGGCGUGUUCGCGCAGCUGCAGGUGCGCGGCCGCGACUUCGGGGACCUGCUCAUCUACUCGGGCGCGCUGCUGGUGUUCCUGAGCCUGCUGGGCUGGAUCCUCUGGUACACCGGCAACAUCGAGAUCUCGCGCCAGGAGCUGGAGCGCGACUACGGCCUGCGGCCCUCGGCGCUCGCCCGCCUGGCGCGCAAGCUCUCCCGCCGCUGGUCGGCGCCCGCCGCCGCGGGCCAGCGCCCCGCGCCCGGCUCCCGGAGAGCGCGCCGAGCCGCCCGCGUGCCCCCGCCGCCCGCCGCCGGCUCCCGCCGCGUGCGCCUGCAGCUCGCCACGCUCGAGGCCGGGCCCGGGGCGGCGGGCGCGGGCAGCGAGUGAGGCCCAGACAACCCCUCGGCUCCAGCUGUCAGGACCAGACUGAGAUGUGCAGCUGCCCCAACAUCCGUGGCCAGACGGACGCUCCCUGUCCCCCCUCCCUCCUCACUUGGAUAAAAAGCAGAUUUGCCUUA